AUGAAUAGAAGUUAAUAAUAAUAUUUGAACAAAUAGUAGAACUAUAUCUAAGUGAAUGAUUAAAAUAGUGAUUAAUUAUAGGAGAACUUAGAAAGAUUAAGUAAUAUAAUGACAAAGAAACCGUCUUAAGUUAAGAUAGUUCAUGUAUAGAUGCAUGGCUAUUUGAGAUCACCUUCUGCUCAUCUUUCUAUGCAAACUAGAGAUACUCCAGCUUCAAAACUUAAAUCAAUAGGUUAAGUAGAUUUUGAAAAAAGUAAUGAUAAAAUGGUAUAGCAAUUAAAUGCAAAUUUAAGAAAAUCUUUUCUAAAUGUUACUAAUCAUUAUUUAGAAAACUCAAAUUCAAAUUGUAAUUAAAGUCAAAAAUCAAGGAAUUAUAAUAGUUGGAUAGGAUUAAGUGUGAUUGAAAGAAAUAAAAUCUUUAUUGAAGAAAAAGAAAAAAAGUUGAAAAGAUUAAAAGAAUAGAAAGAUGAAAAUGAAAUUAGUUAAUGCACUUUUGCACCUGCCUUUUUUAAUUAAAUAAGAGUAGAGAGAAACAAAUCAUGUUAAGUGAAUAAAUCCUAUUAAGAUAUCCAUCAAUAAAAAAAACUUCAUAAUUCAAGAUUAUAUUGA